AUGUCACAGGAAAUAUUGGUAUUCACAUUAAUUGGUACUUUAUCAUGUGAUUGGUAUUAUUAUAUCGCAAAUGGAACUUAUGGAAAUGAUGAAUAUUUUUUUGAUUUAUACAGGGAAAAGUAUUUUAAUGAAAAUUACAGUAGAAAAGUUUAUUAUAUAAAUCUAAAAAAAGAUACCGAUAAAUUCUUUGUUGGUAUUGGAGUUGGUCAAUAUGUUGGUCUUAUAUGUUAUGUUAUCAGUGUAGUAUCCUUUGUUUUAUCUUAUAACAAGUACAAUAAGAAGGCAUUGAAAGUUAAUAGAAUAUUCUCACUUCUGAUGGCAUUAUUUGAAAUAUUCACUGUCUUUUUAGUUAUAUUUAUUAAUAGUAUCACUAAUUAUAGUAUUUGCAACUCCUGUAGAAAAUUCAUUGGAAAGGUAGGAAAUGGUUAUAGUGCAUCUUGGGGACCAGGUGCAGGCUGGUUCUUUGGUCUUGCAACUAUCUUACUAUGCAUUGCCAACAAUGUUCUCGUCUACCUUAGAUUCAAAGAAAUCCACAAAAACGAGCAAUGGUUACAUCUAAUCAAUAUUGAAACCAACCAAAUCAAACUAUUGGAUAACAAUAAACUCCAAUUAUAUUGUGACAGCAUUAUGAUUUAUCCUCAAUCGAAAGAUGGUAUAAGUGUAGUAAAUAUUAAAUUUAAAUUAGGUUAA